UUCCGUCUUCGAAAACAUCUUGGGACAAUGGCGAUCCCCAUGGAAUAUCCAGCACUCCAUACAUUGCAACACCCACGUGCGCCUGUAGCGGCGGAAGGAUGGCAAAAGAACGGCACCAAGCUGCCGCUGACGCCUCGGCUCUCGAGAGCAGCCGCUGCAUGCACACGUCUGUUGCAACACGCAUCGCCAGGCUGGCGAGGGCCGCCUCUCCAAGGGAUACUCGGAGUUGGUGGACACGCGCGCGCGCCUGGCUCAGCGGGGUCAGAGAUGAUGCUGCCUUGCGCACGGCGUCUGAACAAUUCUCGAACGGCCUAGAUGGCCUCGGCCUGAAUGUCUAGCAAAACAUACGUUGCAACACCCACGUGCGUCUGUCGCGGCGGAAAGAUGGCAACAUAACGGCACCAGGCUGCCGCUAACGCCUCGGCUCACGAGAGCAACCGCUGCAUGCGUUUAUGUCCGUUGCAACCAGGAUGGUCAGGCUGGGGAGGGCCACCUCUCCAAGGGAUACCCGUCCUGAGGCGGUGUCGGAGGCCUUGUGGCCCGUCGUGGGGUGUCAGGAUGGGGAGAACGAGAGGGCACAGGAAAGAUGGAACGACUCAAUGGAAGAGCGAAGCGGCUGUCGCGAUCAGGGCGCGGCACGCCCCGUCUGCACGCCAGAAAAAGAAAAAGGAGGCUCCAGCUCUUGGCGCGCGCCGGCCUGCGCGUCUCGGAGGCCCGGGAAAAAGGAGGGCGCCGCGCUGGGGGUGCCCCUCGGCGGCCCGGUGACAAGGCCGCGGCACAACUGGCCAGGUGGCGGAGGAGGAAGGGAGGAGGAGGAGGAAAAGGAGGAGGAGGAAGUCUGGUUGCAGUGCUGCUCGGAGCUGUCGUGUAGCACCAGCCCAAA